AUGUUUCGAUUGCCUCGUAGACUUUAUUUGGCUAAUCGCUCAAAAAUCGUCACAAGAACAUUCUCCUCUUCCUCGAGGCUGCUCGAUUCUAGCGACGAAAAUGAAAAAAAGUUGGAGAGGAUCACCGCGGCGGACAAAAAGGCUUCGUUUCGUCGGAUUCUGAGUGAAAUGGAGUGCGUCAAGAAAAGAAUGGCCGCUGCGUUUGGAUUGUCGAUCGUUUCUUCCGGAGUGAUGAUGGGAAUACCAGCAAUGACUGGAUACAUCAUCGACAACGCGGCGAAUGGAACAAUUGACGCGAGCCAGAUUAUUUCCAUCGGAGCGGCCGUUUUUCUAUUGCAAGCGUCGUGCAACUGGUCCAGAGUCUACCUUACGAACACUUCGGGCAACAUCUUCAUCCGCAAUCUGAGAGAACGAGUGUACUCCAAAUUGCUGCACAAGGAAAUCGCGUACUUCGACCGAAACCAAUCUGGCGAGAUCGUUUCUCGCCUCACUUCCGACUGCCAAGUGGUCGGCCUCGCCGCCACGUCCAAUUUAAACGAUGGCUUCCGCUCAAUUCUACAAUUUCUAAUCUCGACCGGCGCGAUCUGCUACAUGGCACCGCCAGAGCUCAUUUUCGCUUCCAUCGGCGGCAUUGCUUCAAUUAUCCUCAUUUCCAAAACUGGCGGCAAGCUGAUCCGAAGAUUCACGAAAGAACAGCAGACUUGGACGGCGCAAGCUGGAAGACUUGCUACUGAAAGAAUUGCUAACAUAAGAACUGUGCGUGCCUUCAAGCAAGAAGAACGAGAAGUCGACUCGUACUCGACCAUGGUCAGAAACGUCCAAGCCGCAACGGCGAAAGAAGCAAAGGCCAAUGCGACGCUCUGGUCAAUGAAUCCCUUCAUGGGUAAUCUUCUGCUUUUGUAUAUUUUAAAAACGACGGUGCCUUACUUGCAAUCUGGAAUGGUGACUUCUGGAGAUGUGACGGCGCUUCUGCUCUAUGGAACAUUCUCGGGCGGAGCACUGGCGAUGAUUGGAAACACUUAUACGACGAUAAGCAAAGCAGCUGGAGCUGGAACGAGAUUAUGGACGAUUCUUGACGAAGCAACGCCUGCUAUUGGCGGAUCCAGAAAACUAGAAAAUGUUCAUGGAGGCAUUUCUUUAAGAAAUGAAAAUCUAUCGCUAGAAAUCAAACCGGGACUCACAACGGCGAUUGUCGGCCAUUCUGGAUCUGGAAAGAGCACCAUUACAAAGUUGAUCUUGCAGUUUUACGCCUGCCAAAGAGGCAAUAUCUAUCUCGACGGGGUGAACCUGCAUGAACUAGACUACAAGUGGCUGCGAGAAAAUGUGGCGAUAGUGUCUCAAGAAGCUGAGCUGUUUUCUGAUACUAUUCGAGCCAAUAUUGCGUAUGGCGCGCUGGGCCAAGACGUCUCCGCUGAAAGUAUCAAUGAAGCUUGUAGAAGGGCGAACGCUUGGGAAUUCAUUGACAAGUUAGAAAAUGGACUUGAUACAAACAUCGGCGAAGGAAUGUGUCUCAACUCGUUUUGA